AUGAACAACCCCAACAUGCAACAGAAUGGCAUGCAACAAAACCGGGCCGCUGCGGGACUCCAUCACUUUAUCCAGCACUAUCGUGUCCAGCAGCAGCAGGGUAAGAUUCCAAAUGGCUGGCAACAGGGCACACCGCCUGAGGAGCGCGGUCAGUUGGCCCUUCAGUUCUUCACCCAGUACCGCCUGCUGAAGCCUGAGAUCGCCGAAGUCGAGUCCAUGCGCGCCGCCCUCCAGUUCGAGACGCAAACCUUUAUGUCUUCGUCAACAAAGGACCAAUACGUCUCUAACAUCAAACAAAAGCUCAUCGUCAUGACGACAGCGCGGCAGCAACAACUGCAGCAACGCAUGCAAGGCGGCGCACCCAACAAUAUGAACAAUCCGAUGAACGGUAUGAACGGCAUGAACCCCGCCCAGAUGAACAUGAUGAAUCAGAUGGGUCAGCAAGGCGCCAGGCAGGGAACCCCACAACAGUUCAACCCGGCCUUUCCGAACGCCCAACUCCAGCGACCGAUGCAGGUUUCGCCCGUUCCCAUGACGCAAGGACAGUCUUCGAUGGGUGUAAAUGGUGCAAACCCCACCAACAUGUCCCAACCGGGUCAGAAUAACCAGCAACCAAACAUGCAGGCCAAUCAGAACCAGCAGCAGAAUCGUCAGGACCAAAUGAUCAUCAACCAAUUCGCAAAGAAGUUGAUGGACACUUGUAAAGAGGAGGUUCGGCUCAAGUUUGAAGCUGAUAUUCGAGCCUGGCCUGAGGACAAGAAACAGCAGUUGCUCGCCCAAGGCGUCAACCCUCUUUUCCUCCGCUUCCGACAACAUGCUGACAUGCUCUACCGAAGAGGCGCCCUCAACCAGCAGGGAGCUGCUCAGAAUGCCGGCGCCAUGCAAGGAGCUGCUCAGCCGAACCGGAUGCAGAGCCAGCAGAUGAAUAUGGGUCAACGUCAGCCUAACCAAGAGUUCGAUUUCACCGAGAUAGCAAAUCGGCAGAUGGAAGCUAUGCGCAGCCAAGACCAGGGCACCACCGUGGUACCUGCAAGUAACAACCCGAAUAAUGGUGGUCAGAUGAGUGGCUUCCCAGGUCAAAACUCGCAACAAAACCAACCUCAAAAUGCCAUGGCUCAGCAGCGUCAGGCUGCUGAAGCCUUUCACCGCCAGCAGCAGGCGCAACAAGCGCAACAAGCGCAAGCGCAUGCACAGGCCCAGGCUCAGGCCCAGGCGCGGUUGGAACAACAACGGCAGCAACAGGCAGCUCAAGCACGCAACCAACAGAACCAGCUGCUCCAAGGUCAAAUUGGAGGACUGAACCUCCCCGGAGGUUCGCAACAAGCUAGCCCUGCUAUGCCUAUGCUCAACCGACCGAUGCCUCCACCGGGACAAUCAGGACCUCCUGGGACACCACAACAGCAGCGCCCCCCUCAAGCUCAUGUUCCGAUCAUGACGCCUCAACCUGGCCAAGCCGACCCCAACUUGUCCGAACUUAUGCGUCAAGCCCAACAAAGAGCUGCUGCCGUCCAAGCGGCCAACCAGCAACCGCUGACUGAUCAGGUUCGCAUGAAUAUGAUGCCAGCCGACCUCGACCCAAACGUAAAGCAGCAACUGCUCAAGGUUCCGGAGCCCCAGUUCCGUGUGAUACUACAAAGCUACAUGAUGAACCUUCGUCGCAGUAAUGGCAUGCAAAACGGCGCUUUUCCACCAGGCCAACCUAACGCAGGCCAGCCGAAUAUGCCGUUCAACCAACAGCAGCAGUUGCCGCCUGGCAUGACCGGUCAAAUGCUUGGCGGUCCUAACAUGCCCAAUAUGGUUCGCCCUGGCAUGAACCUUGGGCAGCCACAACCUGGAGCUGGGCCACAGCCUCCUAUGGGGGCACAGCGUCCCCCAAUGCCAUCUCAGCAACAGCGUUUGCAAGCUGCCUCCAACUUGUUACGAGCCAACCCUGGCAUCAUACAUGCUACUGACCCAAAACCGUUCCCUCCGAAUGUUUUGAACAAUUCAAUUCGAAACAGCCUUCCCCAGGAUGUUAGAACAUGGCAGCAGCUCAAAUUAUGGGCCAGCCAGAAUCCCGCUCUGGUACCAGGUGUUGACAGUCAAAAGCUGCUCAUGCUACAAGUUCUUCACUUCCAGGACAUGGUAAGACAAUCCGGUGGUGUGGGGGGUGUCCAUCCUACACCACAGCCUGGCCAUGGGCUCGCUCCACCUGUGCAAGUCAAUGCGAACCAAGGUCCCAUUAGGACACCGCAGCAGCAACAGAACAUGCCGAACAUGGCCGCCCUUCAGGUCACCCCACAGGACUUGCAACAGUUUCGGGCAAGGAUGGCAGGCUCGCCACAAGCCAAUCUACCCGACGAACAACUACGAGGUUUCAUGAUCUCACUGAGGAUGAAGAAUCUACAGCAACAAAGGCAGCAACAGGCGCAAUCUGCAAUGCUCAACCAACAAGCCCAACGUAACCAAGCGCAGCCGCCAGUCAACAUGCCUAUUCAACAGCAUCAGCCCAACCGCCCACCGACGGCGCAACCCCCAACACAGGCAACACCCCAGCCAAAAGCAGCAGCCAGACCGCAACCACAAUCGCAGCCCAUGCAGUCGCAACCUUCCAAUAACGCCGGAAACAAAGGCACGAAGCGACCGAACGAGGACUCUACAGAGUCUGGCAAUGAUGCCACGCCACAAGCUGCUGCUAUGGCUUCUUCAAAGUCUCAGCCCGGAUUCAACCUUACCCAUGAGCAAGUGUCCAAGCUUACCCCUGCUCAGCAGACGCAGUAUAAGGCCCAGUUGCUGAAGGCUCAGGACCCAUCGAACAACAAGAUGCAGCAACAAAGAGGUGGUGUGGUCAACCACGAAGAACUACGGCAACGAAUGGCAGAUCCGACAAGGACACGACAGUUCAAGCAGCUGAUGGACGAAGUCGAGAAGAGCAUUCCCGCCAGACAGCCUGUGCAGCUUCCACCGCAGAUGCGAGUACCUCUGCAGCGAUCACUGAAAGAACAGCUCCAUCGGUUAAAGCAGGUGGACCAGGCUCUACGUAUCUUCCACGCCUCAUACGACUCCUCUGAGCCUGAGCAAGUUCUUCGUCAGAUCAUGGCAUCUCGCGUACUUUUAUAUCAGCAGUUCGACCAAGCUGACGGGACGCUCCACCCUCAAGUCACUCUGACUAUUGAAGAGUUUAAGAACCAUAUGGGCGCGACUCUCAAGUUUGUCGCUAAGAUCAUGGAAAAGGUUAAGCAGCAAUCAGCUGCGUCGCAGCCGCAACCUCAGGGUGGUUCGAAUGCCCCGCCCGCUCAACUUAAUGCCGCAAAUCUGAAAAUCGUAGAACAACAAAACCGCAGCCAGAAGGCUCCUUCCGCCCCUACCACCGACCGUCCACCGUUUGCCAUCGGAGCUGAUUCGGGUCACGGAGCAGCACACUACUUCGAGGGCGCGAGGCCAGUCACGAACCUUGUGUUGCCCGAGAAGAAGCGUGCAAAACUCGCGGGUAGUGAGACAUCUACCCCGGGUGCUAGAGCGUCUCCUCGGAUUGGUUCAGGCACAGGUAACUCACCUGAGCUCAAGAGACAACCACCGCCCAACGUACCACAGCGGCCGACCUUCCGAUGCAACGACGCGAGUUGCGAGUACUCCGUUCGAGGGUUUGACACCCAAGCUGAACUGGAAGCGCAUAGUCAGAUACAUGCAAAGGUUGAGAAUCCGAUGCAGUUUGCUCUAGACUCCAUGGCCGAUUACCUUGAUAUUGACCAGAAAACUGGCGAAGCCAAGGUGGAUCAGAAUGCCGCAAAAAGUGCCCCGAAGCCUGUACCAGCUGCUCCACAAGUAUCUCAACAACCCGUCAAACCGGGGCAGACCCCUGGCGCUGCGCAUAGUGCUGCCACUCCAGUCGGGCAACAAGCGACGGCGAUGGCGCGUGUGCCAACGCAAACAGGCGUCAAGGACUCACCGUCUUCAAACCUGCUCAAGACACCUCAGGCAAUGACGAAGGUGGCUACCCCCGGGUCGGGUGCUCGCGGUAAACCUACGCCAGCCAGUAUUCCCAAAUCAGCACCGAAGGAGCAACAAGCGACAGCUCCAGAGCCUGUACCCAAGGAAGAAGAGCAGAAGCCGCAACAACCAAUGUUGCCAAUGUCACUUCUUGACUACUCGUACGAAGACACUUUCGCGGCUCUGGAUGCGAACGGACCUUUCACCGUGAUGGAUCUCAAGGAUGAAGACCACGCCUGGACACUCCGUUCCCGACCUGCUUCGCCAUCGGCUACACCCGAAUCAUCCAACAAGGAUACACCUUCUACACGACAGUCCGAUAUCUCGGAGAAUGAUAACCUAUUCAUCAACAUCGAUCUCAAAGACGCCGAUAUGCCUGACGCAUGGGCAAUGACAAUGACGGGCGACGCUCUUCCGAUCGACCUGCAACUUUCAGAAGACUUGCAGAAUCUCGGAGUUGUUCUUCCUCCCAUGGACAGCGAAGACAUGAUGCUCUUUCCGGACUAUGGCCCUGGAACUAUGAUGGACCUCGAUAUGCUCGAGAAGACCAUGGACAGCAUGGGCGGGACACUCGAUCCAUCCCUGCUUUGA